GGGUCCAACAUGCUGUUCGCCAUGCGGGGGGUGUCAACUGAAGGGGAGGAAGAAAAAAAAAAACGACUGAAGGGAGUUACCUCAGCGCUUUCCGAGAUAUGAGAUCGGGCCAUUUUCCAGUCGGUCCCCUUUUCUAUUAAAGAAGAAAAUCACAGGGGGAAGAAAGACAGAAACACAGGUACAUUUGGAGUGGUCGCGCAGAAGAGAGCAUAUAGCGCCUUUCUGCAGGCGGAUCAGUCGGUAUCUACGGUGCAUGCACAGCUGCCCCGUGCGCGCGCGCGUGUGUGUGUUUACAAGUGUUUGAACGAGUGCCACAAACAAGGGAAGGACGGUAAAGCCAAGAAAGGAGGGAUGGUGGACAAUUCAAGCAGUAGUAAGGCACAAAUGGUAAGUCGUGGAUCCGGCUUGGCGUCCCUUUACAUUUCUGUGAUCUGUAACGUUACGUUAACGAGCUAAGAAAACAAACUCCGAAAGACACAGUUCGAACGUCUCAUUUAACGUCACGGGAAAGAGUCAACGAGCUUAACGUGACAUUUUCCAAAAGAAAAAGAACUAAACGAUUUAGAGCUAAUUUUACCAUAUGCCCAGCAUGUCUCAGGACCCUAGUGUGGCCUUUCCCCAGAGCAGCUCUACAGGGGGGAUGAAGCUAGAAGCAGUAAUGGAGCAGCUCCAACGCCAGCAGCAGGCCCGACUGGAAAUGGAGCGCAAGGAGAGGAAGCUGCGAGAGGCCCACAUCAUGUAUGCUCAGCAGGUUGCUGCCCAGCAAGCCAUCCUGGCAGCUGCACGGGCUUCUGGGGCCAACUUCAUGGGCAAAGGCCUGGCUGUAGGGGUCCCUGGUGGUGGGUUGCCUCCCCGGGUCUCCAAUCAGAGCAGUGUGGACUCGGAAAGAGAGGAUGACGAGGACAGAGGCCGGGAUUCUGGGGAUGAGGAUGACGACAAUGAGAUGAUGGAGGGGGACGAGGGCAGUGAUGAUGAGGAUGAGGGAAGUGCCAGUGGUCUGGAGUUCCUCCGCAAGCAGACCCUCGCUUUGCAGCAGAGUGCCUCCCGCAUCCCGGCCCGUCCCUUUGGCAGUUACUCUGCGUCAGCCCCCCAGAGGGCCGCAUCCCCACCUAUCAGAGUGAAGCAGGAACCCGACGAGGGCCUGUCCCCAGCUGGGCCUCGCUCUGCUACGUCUCCUAACGGACAGGCCGACUGGGGAUUUGAUGAUCACUUCAGACAGAAUGGCAGUGCAGGCUGGGCGGAUGAGGCUGACAGUAGCAAAGGAAGAGGAGAGGCCUCCAGAGACUUUGCUAAGCUGUAUGAGCUGGACAAUGACCCCAAAAGGAAAGAGUUUUUGGAUGACCUCUUCACCUUCAUGCAGAAAAGAGGAACCCCAGUCAAUCGUAUCCCCAUCAUGGCCAAGCAGGUCCUGGAUCUGUAUAUGUUGUACAAGCUGGUGACGGAGAAGGGAGGCCUGGUGGAGGUUAUCAACAAGAAGAUCUGGAGAGAAAUCACAAAGGGACUCAACCUGCCUACCUCCAUCACCAGUGCAGCUUUUACCCUGCGCACACAGUACAUGAAAUACCUGUACCCGUUUGAGUGCGAGAGGAAAGGACUCAGCUCCCCAGGUGAGCUCCAGGCUGCCAUCGACAGUAACCGGCGCGAGGGUCGUCGUCCGAGCUACAGCAGCAGCCUCUUCCGCUUCUCUCCCUCUCCCAGCACAGCUCCUCACAUCCUUUCACCUCCCAAGAUGCACCUUUCACAUCUGGGGGCAGGGGCCUCGGGGGCCCUCAAUGGCCUGCAGGCCUCACCAGGUCCCUCUAUGAAGAAAGAUGACCUGACCUCCUCCAUCCUGGCAGCGAGACCCUCCAUGGCACUGGCCCUGGGGCACCAGCAGGUUGCAGGUUUGGCAAGAGCCGCCACGCUGGAGCAGCUGAGAGAAAAGCUGGAGACCAGCGGUGGAGGAGAGGGGCCAGAGAGGAAGAUGGCCCGCAUGGCAGAAGAGCAGCAGCGCCUGAUGCAGCAAGCUUUCCAACACAACCUGCUGGCCAUGGCUUCCCAAAUGCCCAUGAACCUGCGCCUGGGAGCCCCCACUAUCACCACCAGAGAUGAGAAGCAGCAGGACAUGUCUCUGAGCAUCUCAACCAAUGGAAAUGCCAGCAUCACUGUCUCAGUGGAAGUCAAUGGCACAAUCUACUCAGGAACCCUGUUUGCCCAGAAGUCUGGUGGGCCCCCCGGGUCUGCUGUGUCAGCUGCUGCUGCUGCUGCUGCUGCUGCUUCAGCUUCUGCUGCUGGAACCAGCACUAGCUUUAACUUCUCUGCACCCCUGGCUCAGACCCUCAGCCCCACGUCCUCAUCCUCCUCCAAGGGUCCCAGCUCGGCUGAGCCGGCCCCCAGCGGGUCCCCCUAACUCAGGCUUCCCUUUGUACCUGCUCCACAGGCCACUCUUCCACCGGGAGGCCCAGCAAGAAUAUACAGUACAAUGAGAAAUCGAUAAGAAUAACAAACUGUUGCACAACAAAUACCUCAUCAACCCUGUCAACCUCUUGGCUGUCCAAUCAUGAACACAGAGCUCAAGAAUAUUAUAUGACAGCACGUGCCCAUACGCACAGCUAUGCAUUUUAUUCAACAUACAAACGCAUACACGCACACACUACAAACAAACAAACACAAUUAUACAUAUACAGGCACACAAUCUACACAUACAUAAUCUCGUUAAUCCUAAUGUACAUGCUAAACACAAUCAGCUCAGCCAAAACCCACUGACAGGUGUAGUCACAACUGAACUUGAAAAGUUUUUAUCUUAGGACAUUUUGUUUGUUUGUUGCCAUUUUGUCGUCUUUUUGAUUUUGUGUUUUUAGAAUGAUUUUGUUUUUAGUUUUUCUCUUUUUACAUACCUCAAAUCAAGUAACCUGCAGUGGUGUCUUUACCUCAGGAGCUGUAGUAUAUAUAACCUGAAUCAACUUUAUUUUUAUAUUCUUUUUGACCUAGUUGCAAUCAGGGGAAGUUGGGUAACUCUCACCAGUGGAACCUCAUGUACAGAGCACCCACCACACAGUGGCAGGCCUCCAACCCGGGCCGCUCAGGUUUCUUCAACACACUGUAGACUCUUGCUGAACUCAAACUGGUGAAUGAUCAGAUGCUGUAGACCAGCACAUACCUAAUUUCAUAACUCUUCCCUCAGUUCAGAUCAUGUAAGUCCAUUAUAUUGGUUGGAAGUUUAAUGACGUACACAAACCUCCCAAUAUGGAUGUGAUUUCUCCAAGCUGUAAACUCUCACUAGCAAUGGACGGCAUUUUUAUGUCCACCUAAAAAUCCAACUUAUUGCAGGUUCGUACAAACUGUCUUUAAACGCGUAGGGCACAAAGUUGGGGGGGACAGCAACUCCAAUCCACCCACAGCAGGCCGAGCAGACCCUGCGCUCAUUUCUCCACUCAGCUCCUGUCUAUGUUACAGAGAGGUUGUGCCGAAUCAGGUUUGAGUUGGUUGUCCCCCAUUUUGUUUGUGCAUUCUUCCUCCAGCUGCAGCCACACAGCUGAAUGUCAGUCACAUGGCAUCAUCGUCAGUGCAUAGUUCUCAGACGUCAAACUGGACCUCAGACCUCUCUGCACUGGAGAGCGUCUCUCUCAGGAAGCAAUGUGACACCUGCAAGGAAUCACUGUUAAUUUAAAGAAAAAGAAGGGAUUCAUACGUGAAGAAUGCACAAGUCUACGUGACUGUUCAAGAAUACCUCAUCAGACUCUCUCAAAAGGAGAGCUACACUACAUACCUCAUACAGCGCCAACGCCAUCAAGACUUGACGCCACAACCUGCGAUGGAAAUCCUACCUGAACUGAAACUGACGUGAACGUACUGACACACUGCUGGUGGUUUCUGGGGACAAACGGAACCGGGAUGGGCUCGCUAUCUCUCUCCUCCCGUGUUCACUUGUAUAAUUCGUUUUUUGGCUUGCUUCCAUUUCCUUUCUUUUCUUUUCUUUUUUUUUUUUUUAUUACCUCAAGUUGUUUUUUCAGGGAAGAGGAAAAGAAUAGUUAGUUCCUCACUGACACGUGUAGAUUUGUACGAUUGUCAACAGGUUUCCAUGUCGCAGGGGUCAAACAAUUUAAAAACAAUCGACCACGUUAACCUUAAACUCGACUGCGAACACCUAAAUCGCAGUUAACGCGCCUUUUUCUUCACGACAGCGGCAAGAUGAUAUGCAUGUGUACAAUCAUGUGACCAGUGUUUUAACACCCUAAUCUUCUGGUUCACGUUAGCCUCUGGUUAUUGCACAGCUAGAUACCAAAGACUAGCCAGGUCGCUCCUCUUGAUUAAGCUGUGGUCACAGCAAGGCAGUGUAAGGUCUGUUUUGGACUGCAAAAAAAAAACAAAAAAUUAAGAACGUUGCAUUUUAUUUCAUUUAAUCGGAUUUUGUGUUUUUUCUUAAAGCAAGUGAAAAUCUGCAAGAGGUAAAUUCCCUUGUUUCAUUUUACGGCAUGACUUGAUUAUUGAAAAGGUACAAUGGAAAUAAGUAAUGUAUAACUGGAUUUAGGGACUCAAAAUCUGAUUACAUGACAUGUACAGACAUUGUACAGAUAUUUAAAUUUUGUUAUCCAGAACAGUAGCCCAGACGCUGUGCUAUAGCUGAUGCGCUAUCUCCCUAAUGUAACACUUUACACUUAUGGUCUCUUGGGGCUGGUUUUUAACACAACACCCAGUGUGAAUGCAUACCCUCUCAGCCACGGUGGACAGAGGCCCACAAGUCUGGCCCCUUUCUUAAAAAGCCCACUUUCUGAUAAUCCAGAAACUGUUGGAUUAUCCCUCCAAUUGUAAGGUAUUUUUUUCUCCCUUUAAAGUAAAUCUUUUGCAUUUUGAAAUACCAAGGGUGAAAAUGAAUUCUCUAGCUUUAUCUGUGUUGAAUGUGAGGCAUUUUAAUUGUUUAGAAACCUCUUUAAGCCCAGUGUGACCCAAGGUGGGCAGCCUUGUUGCUUUUAUUAGACUGUAUUUUAGCCAUUACGUGUCAGGUUUUGCAUAUGUUUUGCAGUGCAGAUCAGCGUUUAGGGUUUAAGGAGGGUGCCGGAAGUCCUUUUGGUGUACCCUUCAGAACCCUGUAUGACACACAAACUGUAUUUGAUAAAGGUGAGAACUGUAGAUGCUGCUUUAAAGUAGUUGCUGGUGAGAUCCGGCCAGUGCAGUUUUUACUACUCAACUGGCUGGGAAAAUGUAUUUCUCUUCAAGCUUAAUCCUUUGGAGAGCAAUCACUUUUUAUUUUCACUUUUCAAUUCAAUCUGACAUUAGACACCAAUUGUCAUUUUUUGCUAUUUAUUUGUGUGGUUGUUUUUUUUGUCCUGGUGGACCUUGUUUUUAGUAACAGUUGAGCUUAUUGUCUUAGGCUGUGAUACUAAAACAUUUUCUUGUUUCUAAGUCUUUCUGUUUAAUCUGCUUAGUCAAAGCAAUGACUGUUUAGCGUAGCUUCACUGCCUUUGUAUGCGCGUGCGUGUGUGUGCAUCUGCGUGUGUGCGCGUGUAUGUAAGUGUGUGUGUGUGUGUGUGUGUGUGUGUGUGUGUGCGUGCAAGCAGGUUCAGUAUAUACAGUAUGUGGUUGCUGUUCCUACAUACAUUUGUAAUGCCAUUUGGGAUACUGCAGGUGGCGCCACAUCUAUUAUAUCGCAGGAGGAGGUGAUUUCUCAACAUUUUUAACAAGUCUUAACUUAAAUGGGGGUAGUUCUCUCCAACAUAAGCCUCAUUGACAUCCAUGGGAAAGGCCCAUUAAAGCAUUGAGGGCUGGUCAUUCACUUCUCUCUGAUCUCUCAAGCCAGCCACCCAUCGGGUCACCUCACGAAACCUCCAAGCUCUUGCCACCUGAUUUGCUGUGUGGAUGAGUAUAUAUGAUGUGUUGUGCCUGUGAGCCUGCAUCCGUGUGUGUAUGUGUGCAUCUAUUAGAGACCGCCCCUACCUCGUCAUACCACAAUACCUCAGGGCAGUGGGCUGCAGUCACUGUUGUGUUCGAUAAUGAAGCUGCGUUGAGGGACGAGUACUGACGGAAGCUGGGGUCACUUCGCCGAAUGCAACGUUGGUGUUGGUUUUGCAUUUCUGGAUUUGCGUCGUCAGUAACUGUAUGCGAGGUCUCGUCACUCAGGAAGCUGUGAAGUUGGGAGUCUGCAGAGCCUUUUGUCUCUAAGAUGAUUUUGGAGUUAAUUCAGUUUUAAAUUGUUUAAAAACUAACCUGAUCUGUGUAAAAACAGGCGCAUAUGCAAGUGGUUAUCGAAUACCUCAUUUAUCAAUUUUAUGUUUUUGGCUUGUACAAUGCUCCGUAUAUAAAUUCAACUGUGGGGUUUGUGCAUAUUUUUGUACUGUUAUUAUUAUUAUGGACAUGGUAAUAAUUAUAUUACUGAUAUUAUAGUUUUCUCUUUGAUUAAAGCAAACAAAAAAUAGGACAAAACACAUGAAUGCUUGUAAAAACUGGUUUGUGCUGAUUGUAUUUAAGAGGAGCACUUUUCCAAAGUGGUUUUCACACAUUCAGUUUUGUUCAUAUUAGUAAUAUAAAGAUAUGGUUCUCAGGGCUUUAAACUUGUAUGUCAUGAUAAAGUUUUACUUUAUAUCUUA